AUGGAACUCAUCGAGCUUGACGAUGUCAUUGGCAUCUCCGUCGAGGACGAGGUGGUCGAGGGCAUGUCCGUCAUGGAAGACGACGUCGAGGGUUCCAUCGUGGAGGACGACGUCAUCGACAUGUCCAUCGAGCUUGACGUCUCGCUGCUCGAUGUCUCGCUGCUUGAUGUUGCGCUGCUUGAUGUUAGCUCCUGGGAGGCAGUAUUAGCGGUGGGACUUGGGUUGGAAAAUCAGUGGGCGGAGGAGCUUACCAUGGAGGAGGAUGUAGGCUCGGACAUUGUGGAGCUCGUAUCGGUUGUGGUUGAGGACAUCAUUUCCGAACUUGAAAUUUCAGUGCUGCUAGUCAUUUCGCUGCUGGUAGAAGAUGUCAUACGCAUGCUGCUGGACUCUGUAGAAGAAGUCAUCUCCAUGCUGCUGGACUCGGUGGAAGACGUCGGCUCCAUGCUGCUAGACUCCGUAGAACUCGUCAUCAUAUCGCUUGAUGUCAUGCUGCUCUCCAUACUGCUCGAGGGAGUAGACGAUGGCAUCGACAUGUCACUCGAGGAAGACGAAGUGGAUUCCAUGGAACUCGUCGGCGACGGAGUCGAUUCACUCGUCGGGCUCGUGAGUGUAGUCGUGACUGUUGCGGUAUCGGUGGGUUCGUCCGUAUCGGUGGUGAUAAUAAUGGUCGAGGCCGGAGCAGUGCUGACAACGGUCGAGACUGCCGUGACAGUGACAGGCUGUCCAGCGGAGACCGAAACCGAGGUGUACGUUAUUUCUCGCGUUUCUACAGCUGUGGACACAAUGGUGCUCCUGACCUUGGUAACAUUAGCUUGGAACAGAGAGCAGAAACUGCAGGCGACUUACUGUAGUAAUAUAAGUGCUGCCCGGUAG